GUUAGUGGGAACUGCCGCCACACUCUGCGCCCUCACUUCGUCUCUUUUCUCACUUUAAGGGCACUUGAACAGGAAAAUAAAGCAGUAAGAAAAUACAGAAAAAGUAGGGCAGGUUAUUGAUAGAGCAGGUUGUAUUCAGCCGGCUUUAUUUGACAUACUUUGUCAGCGGAGUUUAAUUUUCAUCGGUCAGGACUUGGCUGUUAUGCACAAUAACCGGUCGAUAAAUACUAAGAUGUACGGUGGUCUGGAGGAGGAUAGUCAAUUCGAGGAGGCCAAGAAAGAGCUGGAGACAUGGAAGAACUCUUUCUGUUUUGUCUCUGAGACUAAAGAAAAGAAAGCUGAUGAUGUGAAAUACAGGCUCAUAGUGGAAAAACUGGAAGAAGAUGAAGCCAAGGAGAAGGCCAAGCAGGAGAUUUCGGCUUGGCUCGGAAAGCUAGACAAUUGUCGAAAGGAAUUCACUCAGACCAUGAGAGCAGUGCAGGAUGAAAUCCAGAAGCUUGCUGAACGUAAACAGGAUUUGCUGGACAAAUUGAGGAGAAGACAGGCUCAACUGGAGGUUAAGAGGACCGAGUCCACCAAACUGAAGCAGAAAUUCAAGAUCUAUGCCCAGAUUCCAGACACAGAGGUGAGGUUCAGCACUCAGGACAAAGAGGAGUGUGAUGACAACACUCAGACAAUCAGAGGAGUGUUUACCAUCAGCCAGAGAGCCAGUGUACUUCUGCAGGGAGGACAGGCACUCAUCACAUUCGAGGAAGAGAAAGUGGCCUCUCAGAUCCUCAAGAUUGCCAAGUGCUCUGUGUCCUGUGACAACAUGAGUUUGGAUGUGAAACCAAAAAUAAUAAUCAUGGAUCCCGCUGUGAAGUUUGAGGUCCACCUUGAUGUUUCCAGAAAGAAGCUCAAGGUUUCCAACGUUCCCCCUUCCGUGCCAGAGGAGAGAAUGAAUGACCGAUUGGAGAUGAGUUUCUCAAGGCCCAGCAGAGGAGGAGGAGAAGUGGAGGGAGUGGAGUAUGAUAAGAACACUGGGACAGGACUCAUCACCUUUCUCCACCCUGGAGUUGCUGAGAGCCUGGCCCUGAGAGGGAGAUACCUCGUGGACCUGGACACUGAAGUGAACAUGCAAGUUGGACCCAUUUACAAACACGAGCUGCGAAUGUUUCAGACCUUCUGUGGCUCUCUGAAGCGGACCAUCCUCCUGGAUGACAUCAAGGACAUCACGGACGAGGAGGAUCUGCAGGACCAUCUGGAGAUCCACUUUCAGAAGCCCAGUAACUGUGGCGGUGAGAUAGAGAGCAUCAAGUACAUCUCUGGGGGGAAGGCUCUGCAGGCCUUUUUCUGUGAGGACACGGUUGAGAGAGACAACUGACUUAAACCAGCAGAAGUCAAACCCCCGACAGCUACAUGUGAGAGCAGUCCCCCUAUGAGUGUUUGAAACUGAAAGUCAGAUCUGUCAUAUGUUUUUGAUUAUGUCAAAGAAGCCUGAAAAUUUCUUGUGAUGCCAAAACUGAAGAGAAGCAUUUUGAAAACUUAAUUUAUUUACUGGCCUUCUGAGAGUCAGAUGAAGAAAUUUAGUGAUUUCAUCGAGACACGUUCAGUAGAGAGAAUGAGUUUGAUAAAAUGUUUUCACAGAACAUGAUGGGGGGUAUUUAGGUGAUGUUAAGUAGCAAAACAAUGGCCUUCAGCACUUAACAAGGACCAUAAAAUGUACCACACAGUCAAAGGUCUAUAAACGUGGAGAGAGUAAUAUGUUAUGCCACACCCUGGCUUUAUGUAGAUGCCUGGACAGUAUGUCACACCUGUCACAUAUUUCAUUCAGAACAUGGUGUGUUUGGUUACUUAAUGUUACAAAGUACCUUCAUGUUAGUUCUCUUCCCUUUAGUGUGUUCACGAGUACCAGGUUCCAUUGAGAAUGGCUCUUUUAAUCCAGUCUGGGCUCUCAAAAGCUAGAACCUACAAAAUAAAGUCAUAAUGAAUAUUAUUAUAGACAUGAGAGGUUCUGGUGGUUAGCAGAAUUACACAUCUAUUGAGAGACAGUCCUGGUGCCUGGUGAAUAAUUUUACAGUGAAGGGUACUUGUCCUCUUCAUCUGCAUAACCCUGCUAAAGCUGCAUUCAAACGAACUUUAGCCCUGUGUGAAAAACUACAGCCUUAGCACUGUUUUAACACAGGCCGUUUUCAACACAGGACUGUUUUUAACGCAAAGCUUUUUUCACACAGGGCUGUUUUCAGUCAGAAUCCCUGCUAACAGCUUUCUGUACAUGUCUUAAAGUUGUAUUUGAAUAGUUGCUCUGUUUUUCUCUAAUACAUUGUGCUUAUUAAAAUAUCUGAAUCAGUCACAGGAGUUGUGUGUUUUUCAAUUACUCAGACUGUGGAUACAUACCUGUAUGUAAAUUGGUACAUUAUAUAGUCUGAGUGAUCAUUU